AUUCAACCAAGGGCAUUCACUCUGCCACCAGGAAAUAAAAUAAGUGGUUGACGUACCAACUCAGGCUAUUCUCCUCUCUUCAAUGGGCCCCUUUCACAACAACGACUAGAAAGGGAUGAACUGAUGACUGUCAGCUUGUUACAUCUUUUAGUUACUUCUUCAGUCAUGUGCUUUUAAGGCAAGGCAGAAUCGUAUCGUGGCUCAAGGAUGGAAAGGGCAUCUCGGGCAGAGCUCAUCAAUACUGUAAACUCACAGAGAGACCAGUUGCAACACUACAAAUUUAAACUUAGAGAUGUUGUCGCUGCAUACAAAAGUGUUGUAAAGGAGAAGGAGGCUUUGGAAUCUAGCCUUAGUGCACUGAGCACCUCACGCCAGGCUGAAGCUGAGGCCAGUGCAGAGGUUCAGGAUGAUGUGGCUGGAGAGGUGGAGAUAGAGAACAGUGGACCUCCUGAUCCCCUAGGGGUGAAUAAACAGGAAGGCAAAGAUGAAGCUGGCUCCCUCCGUGAGCAGAUACGUACACUCAGCUCUGCUCUGACGACUUUAACACAAGAGAAGAACAAGCUUGAAGCAAAUUUUAUUGCAGAUAAAAAGCAGCUUCGUUCAGAGAAUGACGAUCUACAGAGCAAGCUGACUGAGGAGAGGAAGAGGACAGGGACCCAAGCCGAGGGUUUUGAACUACAGAUCUCUGAUCUGAAGAGUCGUAUCCGUACCCAGCAACUGGAACGAGAGAGGGAGCAGACAGACCAUGCCUUGAUGCUGCGUGAGCUUCAGACUUUACUCUCCACGGAGAGAAUCGUCAAAGAUGCUCUCGAAACUCAGCUUGAAGAAGCUCAGAAGAAUCUGAAGGAGAGUCAAGAAAAGGUUCAGCAAGAACCUCCUGUCUCUGAGGUGUACGAACGUCAGAUCCAGGAGUUACAGAACGAGCUGAAGAUGCUUCGAGAUCGGCUCAAGUCUGCAGAGGUCAAGGCCAACCAGCCUUCACCUUUUGUUCUCGAGCUCCAGAAGGAGAUGGGCAGUAUGAAGAGCGACUAUCAGCACCAGGUGGAGAAGGAGCAGCAGAAGGCUGUGGAGGCUGAGGCCAGGCUCAGGACUCAGUCGAAGCAGAGCGAGGAGAGGGUGUCGUCGCUGGAGGCGAAGCUCUCAGAACUGUCUCAAGUGGUGGGGAACUACGAGAGGCUCAGGUUUCAAGAUCAGCAAGCCAUCAGCAAACUGCGAGAGCGUGUGAGUCAGCUGGACAUGGAGAACUCAGCCCUGGCCCGCGCAGCCAGCCUCAGCCCAGAGAAACCAGAGGAUGAGGAGGAGAGGCAAGAACCAGAGAAAAUUCUCGAAAAGAUCAUGAGCCUUCGCUCUGUUCUCAAGUCUGCCUUGGGGAAGUCAGAAAAUGCUAUUAACCUGUCAACCAUCUUUGUGGAGGACAGGAACAAGGCAGACGAAGAGUCCCCACUGUGCAAACAGUACAAGGAGGAGCUGGAGCUGAUGAAAGAGGAGUUUGAGAGGUACAAGCUGCGGGCUCAGUCUGUCCUCAAGAACAAGAACAAGGAGAGUGGCCCAUCCCGUGAGACCGAGAUAUUGAAAGAGCAGGUGACAGAACUGAGGGACAAGCUGCGUAUGAGCAAUUUCCAUCACCAAGAAGAAGUUGCACAGUACCAAAGCAAGAUGGACAACCUGAGCAAAGCUUUGCUAGCACAGGAGGAGAAGUCAAAAGCGGACUUAGCACAGUCUAAAGCUGCCAACCAAAAGCAGAUCGGAGAACUGGAGGUGGAGAGCAAGAAACAGCGGCAGAGGACGGUGGCGCUGUUAGCAGAGAAAGAUUCUGAAAUCCAAGAACUUCGAGCUCGGUGUGGCCAGACUUCUGAUCCAGAUUCUCUUCGAAUGUGGUCUCAUGACGGUCACAGUGGUUCUGGAUAUGGUGAGAGUGGACAGCUGACAGAGGGCUCUGAGGCUCAUCAAGGUGAAUUUUCCGAAGAGUUGGAAGCUGUCAGUCGACUGCUGAAUUUGCCGAAAGGUGUUCAGAGUGAGGCCGCGUUCCUCCAUUUUGCCCAGGAGAAGGGUCGGAUGGAGGUGGAAAUGCACGGACUCAGAAAGCAGAAGCGUCAAAUAGAGACAAGUCUGCGAGAUCUUCAGGCUUCGUCCCUGCAGAAAGAGGACCAGCUGAAACACGAGAUCCGUGGCCUGGAGGAGAGACUGGCGGAGGUGGAUCGGUCGGACAGCCGGGAGUCAGCCAAUGUGGAGUAUUUGAAGAAUGUGAUGGUCAAGUUUCUCACUUCGUCGGCAGAUGGGCAAGGCAAGAGACAGAUGAUGAAGGCAUUGAUGACCAUUUUACAGUUCAGUCCUGAGGAGAAGCAGAGGGUGGAACAAGUUCAUGGGCGGGGUUGGUGGCCAUCAUAGUUAUAGGGGUGGGGGGGGGGGGAGGGAAGAUGCCAAAGCAUCGAUGGUGCAUUUUAGCAGAAAAAAGAAAUUUCUCCUUGGUUGUGUAAAAGAUUGUCAGCCUAGCCGAAAAGUUCUGUCUCAAUGCAUUGUUAUUUUAGAUAAAGCUUUUUAAUUUUCAGUCCAUAAGCACUGGCUUUGUAGAUGAUUGUCACUUAUGUGUUCAUACAGGAGAAUGGGUGUUGAAUUUAGAGCAUUCCAAGCCAAAACUAAAAUGACUUUUUCAAACAUUUCUUUUUAUUAUCUCUCAUUUAUAAAAUUUUGAGCGCAGAGACUGCUCUGGUAAAAAAUUUUCAAGCUACUUUUACCAUCACAAUGCUGUCACAGUGCCUGAUUCGUGGUUUCCCAAAAUGGUGUCCUAAAAGUCAAAGUCUCUGACCGACUCUUUGAAUCCCAAGCUUGGAGGCCCCCUACCCGGAUCACUUAAUAGUCUGAUGAGUUGAGAUAAUAGACAUGAUCAUUGCGCUCAAGUUUUGAUCCAGUCUUCAGCAGAAUAGUGUUCAUAAAUCAAUGGUAGUAAAUUUGAUUUAUGUUGAUUUAUUGAAUUGUGCCAGUAUUCAAGUUUUGUUGUGGGUGGUGGAAAAGGGGGGAGGAGGGGAGGGAACCUUUUAUUCAGACUUAAAUUAAUCGUUGGAUGGUUGUGAUUUGUUUGCAAUUGAAGAACAAGUCAAAUACCAAAGUAAUAAAAUCUGUACUCACACGCUCGUAAAUGCACGCACAAACGUGCAUGCUCAUGCACACACACACACACACACACACACACACACACACACACACACACACACACAUACACACACGC